UUUCUAACGUCAAUUUUACAGCUAUAUUCCGAUUCUACACUUCACCUGUAUAAGAAGAGAAAAUGACGGACUCUAAAUACUUUACUACCACCAAGAAAGGUGAAAUAUUUGAACUGAAAGCUGAAUUAAACAGUGAUAAAAAGGACAGAAAGAAAGAAGCUGUCAAGAAAGUUAUUGCUAGCAUGACUGUUGGYAAAGAUGUUAGCUCUCUAUUCCCUGAUGUGGUUAACUGUAUGCAAACUGAUAACCUGGAGCUSAAGAAGCUGGUUUAUCUGUACUUGAUGAACUAUGCCAAAUCACAACCUGAUAUGGCUAUCAUGGCAGUCAAUACUUUUGUGAAGGACUGUGAAGACCCAAAUCCAUUAAUCCGUGCCCUUGCUGUAAGAACCAUGGGCUGCAUAAGGGUUGACAAGAUUACAGAAUAUCUGUGUGAGCCUCUGAGAAAGUGUCUGAAAGAUGAAGAUCCCUAUGUGAGGAAGACUGCAGCUGUUUGUGUGGCCAAGCUUCAUGAUAUUAAUGCACAACUAGUUGAGGAUCAAGGAUUUCUGGACUCACUAAAGGAACUUCUUUCUGAUGCUAACCCUAUGGUUGUUGCCAAUGCUGUUGCUGCCUUAUCAGAGAUCAAUGAUGCUUCCCCUACUGCUGCUGCAUCCAUGGAGAUGAACUCGCAAACUAUUAACAAACUAUUGACUGCUUUGAAUGAAUGCACAGAAUGGGGACAGAUUUUCAUUCUGGAUUCGCUGGCUCAGUACACACCUAAAGAUGAGCGUGAAGCUCAAAGUAUUUGUGAAAGAGUCACACCCAGACUGUCUCAUGCUAAUGCAGCUGUGGUAUUAUCUGCAAUCAAGGUUUUGAUGAAGUAUAUGGAAAUGAUGACCCCCUCAUCGGGAUUUGUACAAAGCGUAUUGAAGAAGCUUGCUCCCCCCUUAGUGACUCUCCUCUCAAGUGAACCAGAAGUGCAGUAUGUUGCUCUAAGAAAUAUCAACCUGAUUGUCCAGAAAAGACCUGAGAUUCUAAAGAAUGAGAUGAAGGUGUUCUUUGUCAAGUACAAUGACCCCAUCUAUGUUAAGCUUGAGAAACUUGACAUUAUGAUCCGACUGGCUAGUGAGAGUAACAUUGCUCAAGUUUUAGCCGAACUUAAAGAGUACGCAACUGAAGUGGAUGUUGACUUUGUUCGAAAGUCUGUCCGUGCUAUUGGCCGUUGUGCUAUCAAAGUAGAGCCGUCUGCUGAAAGGUGUGUGAGUACUUUACUUGACCUUAUCCAAACUAAAGUCAACUAUGUGGUGCAAGAAGCCAUUGUUGUUAUCAAGGACAUCUUCAGGAAGUACCCUAACAAGUAUGAGAGCAUUAUUUCUACAUUGUGUGAGAACCUGGACUCACUGGAUGAACCUGAAGCAAGAGCAUCAAUGAUCUGGAUCAUUGGAGAGUAUGCCGAGAGAAUUGACAAUGCCUCAGARCUUCUUGAAUCGUUCUUGGAGGGAUUCCAAGAUGAAAACACUCAAGUCCAGCUACAGCUAUUGACUUCUAUAGUGAAGCUGUUCCUCAAAAGACCUACAGACACUCAAGAACUGGUCCAGCAAGUACUCAGCCUUGCCACACAAGACUCAGACAAUCCUGAUUUAAGAGACAGAGGGUACAUAUACUGGAGAUUGCUGUCUACUGAUCCAGUUGCAGCAAAGGAAGUUGUGCUGGCUGAGAAGCCAUUGAUUUCAGAAGAGACUGAUCUUCUUGAGCCAACCCUUCUUGAUGAAYUGAUCUGCAAUAUCUCUACAUUAGCAUCAGUCUACCACAAGCCGCCAAGYUCUUUUGUAGAAGGACGUACUGCUGCAAGAAGGUUUACCCURCCACCUAGAGCAGAACCUUCACCAGGUGCAGAGACGGCAGAUGCUGUUCCAGUAGCCCAAGUAGCWGCCCAAGUUGAAGCAGGACCACCACCAGUUCAAGCGGCUCCUGCAGCAGACAGUUUGAUUGGUGACUUGUUGAUGGACAUGGGUCCUGCUGUCCCCCAACAGCCUGCUGCACCACCACCAGCUGCAGCYCCUGCAGGUGGUGGAGUAAUGGACUUGCUUGGUGAAGAUCUCAGUGGUUUACAGCUUGGUGGUCCAGCUCCUCAACAACCUCCACCACAAGCUGUAGGAGGUCUUGGUGAUCUGUUUAGCUUAGCUUCUGCUCCUGGACUAAGUGCUACAAUGUACAGUCCUCCUAAGUCUCUAUGGCUUCCUGCUCCUAAAGGCAAAGGACUGGAGGUCUCAGGUACAUUCUCUAGACGCCAGGGACAAAUAUACAUGGAUCUCACAGUGCAUAACAAGGCAAUGCAAGCCAUGGAUGGACUGGCCAUUCAACUGAACAAGAAUAGUUUUGGUCUAGCGCCUGCAUCGCCAUUAAAUGUACCUACACCACUCCCGCCAAACCAAGUUGCAAACACUUCGCUUCCACUCAAYACAAUGGGUGGAGUACUUCGCAUGGAUCCAUUGACAAACAUUCAGAUUGCAUUCAAGAACAAUGUUGAUAUCUUCUACUUCAGCGCACUUGUUAACAUCAAUGUUCUUUUCAUGGAAGAUGGACAAAUGGAUCGUAAAGUMUUCCUUUCGACCUGGAAAGAUAUCCCAGCUUCAAACGAAGUUCAAAAGGCCAUGCAAAUCCCAAAUCUGACUUCAGACUCUGCCCAGCAGAAGCUUCAGGCKAACAACAUCUUCACAAUCGCCAAGCGUACAGUUGAAGGUCAAGACAUGCUGUACCAAUCCCUCAAGUUUACUAAUGGCAUCUGGGUCAUGGCUGAACUCAAGAUGAUUCCAGGAAAUCCAACAGUCCAGCUGUCGUUGAAGACUCGCGCGACAGAYGUAGUGCAGUUUGCCCAGGAAAUCUACGAAGCCAUCUUGCGUAACUAGAAUAUCAAUAAUAACUCAACUUUACUGUAUGCUUACUCGUGAUAAUAGAAUAAUAAAUAAAURUUACAAUAAUAAA